AUGGCCGGAUUUGACGAUCACUUGACCGACGCGAUGGGUGCAUUUUCCGUCAGCGAUGAUGAAAUCGUUUUGGAUGAUAACAUUCGGACACAGCUAACCAAAAUCGAAAAUAAUUAUGAGAGCAUUUUCUCGUGGGACAUCCAACGAUUUACAGGAGUCAAUAAAAAUCUUCUGUUGAACCUCAUUGAUAAAGUUCGGGAACAGAAACAAAUGACCAUAGACAUGGCCACUAAGGCCGACGAAUUCAAUCAAGUUAGAUAUUAUUUACAAUUGGUAGCUAGUUAUGAACUAUACAAUAGAAAACGUUAUAAGGAAUCAUAUUUGGAAAUUGAAAGCGUUGUUAAAUUUCUGGAGACGUGUAAAUUUGACGAGUCAAACAAACAGUACGCUGAUGCUUACCAUCAUAUUGCUCGGGCCUCCAAUGCGUAUAUUGCAUUAACAUUGAAAAUUGAUUCAGAAAAGUUACUGAAAGAUGUUAAACAUGUCAACAAUUUUAAUCAAGCUGAAAAAUCUGCGAUUUGUGCGAUAAAAGCCAAAAUUUUUAUGGAGUAUCCCGCAAAAGGAAAUGCCAUUGCUUUAAAUUUUGCUGAUCAAGCCCGCGCCCUUCAUUCUACUGAACCUGAAUGGAUAAUCGUUUGGCUAAAAGCCAAAGGAAGAGUAAGACGUUCUUACGAACCAUAUAAAAUGCCAGACGAUGAUGAAAUAAAAGCUGCAGAAAUUUUAUGCUCAAUAAAAACGAAUCAUAGACAUUUAAUUAAAGCUUCUCAACUUUAUAAGGAAGCAGGAUAUAUUAAUAGAUUGAAAAACAACCAUAAAGAAUCGACUAAAUUUUUUAAGCUUUCGUCUGAUAUUGCUAAAAUAUCAAUUGAACUGGCCAACGAUGAUGUAAAUGAACUAAAUUCGCUUCUACUAACUUGUAUCGAAAGUCCUGAUGAGUUUUUUUCAGCAUCCAUGAUAGAAAACUUAGUUACAAGACUGUCGAAAGUAAAAAAUAGUUGCGUGGAUCAAGUUUUAGGCUUUUAUUAUUUAAAAUACGAAAAGGACUAUGUAAAAGCAAAAAUGUAUUUAUCUCGUGGAAUGGCUGCUGGCCAGUUUAGUAGUUCAUUGCAGUUAAUUAAAGUAGAGUGCCUGUUGCAACCAAUUGAACAAUUUCCUUUUGUGAAAACACUAAAUAUGAUGUACACAAUAAUAGAGAAUAAUCCUAAGCAAAUAUUGUGGUAUCUAAAAUUGUACCUCGAUGAAGACAUUGAAGAUACAUUUAAAAAACGUAAUUUAAUUUUUACUCGCCCACUGUUUAAUACAGACAAAUAUUUCAGACCAAAUCAAUUUCUGAUUGAUCUAUCUGCGAGUCUUAGAAAACUAAUGAACAAUAAUGACAAUGACUUGAGUAAAGAAGAAAAAAACACAUAUGAUCAGUUCAAUAAACUAAUAAAAUUGAAUAUUGGUGACAAUAAUUUUAAUAAAACCACUGUUCAUAAAAACAAUGAUUCUUGGCGAAAGAAACGAGUUGAUUUGACAGAAAAUAAGUGUAAUGAAAGUCAUCAACAGAAAAAUGAGUCAUGGAGAAGAAAGAGAGACCCAAGACAAGAAUAA